AUGGCCGCCACCGCCGGGGCGUCGGACGACAGCGGUAGCGUCGGCGGCGGCGGGGGCGGCGAGCGGAUGAAGCUGCUGUGCAGCCUGGGCGGGCGCAUCCUCCCGCGCCCGGGGGACGGCACGCUGCGGUACGCGGGCGGGGACACCCGGAUCGUGUCCGUGCCGCGCGGGGUGUCGCUGCCGGACCUCCUGGCGCGGCUCGCCGACGCGUACGGCGGUGCCACGGGCCCGCACUUCGCCGUCAAGUACCAGCUCCCCGACGAAGGGCUCGACGCGCUCAUCUCCGUGUCCUCGCCGGAGGAUCUCGAUAACAUGGUCGAGGAGUACGACAAGCUCAGCGGCGCCAGCCCGAAGCUGAGGGUGUUCAUCUUCCCCAUCCUGGAUGCGGCGGGCGGCAUCGGCGCCACCGGCGGGGAGGAGUUGGAGACCGGGAGCUUCGACGCGGGCCUUCGGUACCUGGAGGCCGUCAACGGCAUUGUGCGCAAGGACAGCAUCGCGAGCCUCUCGUCCACGCAGUGCUCUGACGGGGGGCUGCCCCCUCCGGCGCCGUCAGGUGGCGGCGGCGGUCCUGGGUCUCCAGCUGGGCUCUCCCCCACCUCCACUAGCUCAAAUGAUGCUGCGAGAUCGAACAUCAGUGGGGCUGGGGUGGCGCCUCCGCCCCUUGUUGAUGUCUUCAGCAAUGCUGCUCCUGCUCCAGUACAGGUUAAGCCACAGGAGAUUGCUGCUGAAGGGAGGGCUCCCCAGGCGAAUCCACAUCCACAUCCAGAGGUAGCUACACAUCCCCAUCCGGAGGCAGCGAGGUACCGGCAACCACUAUCACAGCUGCCACCACUGCCUCCUGUGUUCAUGAACGAUCAUAGAGAUGCCAUUCAGGGUCUGAAUCAGCAGCCACCAGGGCACGGUCCAAGAUUCGAGGACUGCCACAUGUGCUUGAAGGCAUUGCCUCACGCCCACUCUGAUCCGGUGGUGAAUGAGUAUGGCAAUGAGGUGCAUGGAGGGGCUGCUCCUGAGCCCGGGCCUGUGUUCAUGAGCCUGCGGCCUGAAGAUGUGGCAAGGAUGAUGAUACCGGAGAGGGGUGUUCAGGCACCAAUGGGGGCUUAUGGAUACACACAUAUGCAUCCAGUGCCACAGGAGAGGGUGUAUGUGCCCAAGAUGGAAGGGGUUACAAACUCCGUGCUCAUUGAUCCAACUGGCUUGCAUCAGCAUGUCGAGAAGGACAGAGUAGUUUCUCCAAGUUCUGCCCAUACUGAUGUUGCGAGCUCUCAUCAUCAAUUUGUGCAGCAGUCACAGCAGCAUUUACCUUCUGGCCAUGGGAUGCCUCAGUAUUCAGUGAAGCCUGCUAGUCCCAAUAACCCGCUUGCUGGUGAAGGUAGUGCAAGUGGCAAUUCAAGGCAUCGUGAGGAUGGACAGGUGUAUCGUGACAAUGCGCCUCCAGUAGCACCUGUGGCUGUGCCAACAUACAUGGCAAAUGUGGACAGGAUGAUGGAUUCACUCUGGAUGAGCCCCAGCGAGGUUUCUAGCUCUACUGAAAAAAGGAAACAUGCAAUGUCUCCUGACAGUGGUUUACCCCAGAAUGCAGUGCCAGAUCACUCUCAGGGGCAUCCAGAGAAUAGUAUCAGUACCUGGCCAGAUACCCGAGCAAAUGAGGUUCAUCCAAGCAACACCAAUACUUUUUUUGAUGUUAGUGAACCAAAGGUAUUGCUUCAAACUGAAUCUGCACCACCACCUUCUGUGGCCAGCUCUUAUCUGCACAAUGUCCAGCAUGUUAAUAUGAGCCAUAUGCCACAUAUGAUGAGCAUUGGGGGACCCUAUUCUAGUUAUGUUGGUGCUACAGUCGGACCUGGUGGAUUGCCUCAAUCAACUUAUGGUAUUGAUAUGGUCUAUCCAAAUGCCACUGUUAAUCCAGUGAAUGAGAGAAGAGAUGUUCCGCCUGAAGUUUAUCACAAGGAAGCUCCACAUGAAGUCGUAGCUCCUCCAAACACAGUUCAGUUGCCAACAGCAGCAUUGCCAAACCAUGCUCCAAAUGUGGAUCAAGCAGCUGCAAAUGCACAUGCACUGCCACCAAGACCUAAGAGGGUAGCAAGCAGGGAGAACAUCAGCCCAAAGGAUCCCCAUCCACACAACUCUUUGUUGAACUGCAAAGGGCCAGAUCUGAAUAUUCCAGCUGAGGAUGUUUCUCUCCAGAAACAGUCAGAUCACAAAGGUGAUGACAUCUCUAACCCAGAUUUACUGAGUAUGGAGGAUGGGUUAGGUACAUCUAAAGCUCAGUCAUCCGAGCCUCAACCUCCUCUGGUAAAUGAUGGAGUUGGGGCCAUUACCAAUAAAGUAGAAGGUGAAGUCCACCCCAACGAGGUUUCCAAGAGCAGGCCAGCAGAUUGGAUUUCAGGAUUUCCAGUUUCAGAUGGACACCUGCAGAUUAUAAAGAACAAUGACCUUGAAGAGCUCCAAGAGCUUGGUUCUGGAACUUUUGGAACUGUCUAUCAUGGUAAAUGGAGAGGCACUGAUGUUGCAAUAAAACGAAUCAAUGAUAGAUGUUUUGCUGGGAAACCAUCUGAGCAAGAAAAGAUGCGGUCUGACUUCUGGAAUGAAGCAUCUAAACUUGCCGAUCUGCACCACCCAAAUGUUGUCGCUUUUUAUGGUGUUGUUCUUGAUGGACCUGGGGGAUCCAUUGCCACAGUUACAGAAUAUAUGAAAUUGAUGGUGCUACAUGGCGCUGAUGUUUACUUUUUUCUGGGCAGAACCCUCGAUCGACCCUUUGGAAUGGAAUACUUGCAUAGCAAAAACAUCGUGCACUUUGACCUGAAAAGUGACAAUUUGCUUGUUAAUUUAAGGGACCCUCAGCGUCCAAUAUGCAAGGUUGGUGAUCUUGGGCUUUCAAAAGUGAAGUGUCAGACCUCAUCUCUGGAGGUUGAUGUAUUCUCUUUUGGGAUUGUUCUCUGGGAACUGCUAACAGGAGAAGAGCCAUAUGCAGAUUUACACUAUGGUGUUAUAAUAGGUGGCAUUGUGAGCAACACUCUACGGCCGCCAGUGCCCGACUCCUGUGACCCAGAGUGGAGGUCACUAAUGGAGCAAUGCUGGUCAACAGAACCAUCUGAGCGGCCAAACUUUACAGAUAUUGCAAACAGGCUGCGCUCCAUGGCAGCGUCCCAGAAAGUACAACAUUAA